CGACGGCUUCCACGGGAGACCUCCACGGGUCGACACCUAAACCCGCGGUUCAAUCUGUCGAUUGAAGUGCAUCUGGACCGACGGCCCGCGGGAGUGCGUUCCCACGUCUUCCUCUGGUAGCAACAAAGUGCAUGACCCAUGCAUCUCUAUUUUGUGUCACAGGGUACAAAAAGCUCCGAUAUAACUCGCCACGGGCUAACAGUAUACAGUUUCCCCUCAGGACUAGGCUGGACGGGGUCCACUGGCCUUUUCACCAGCCCUACCCCAGUCUACCGUUAGGUCUAGACCUGAAACUUGGAUGCUGGCUCACGAGGAAGCCCGAAUGAGAGACUGUACUCUGUGACCUGUUGUCGGCUUCCGACACGACAGCAUGAUGUUCCGGAAGAAGAAAAGCCCUGCGCUUCAAAGACCAGCGCUCCCUUCGAACGAAGAAUUACAAGAUGACCUUAAAGCUUGCAUCUUCUCCCCUUGCGAAACUGCAGAUGUGUCUUCUGUUCCUCAGGGUGACAGUCACGAGAGGAGCAUUGGAGACGCUGCUGUUACCUUUGUCAAGUCCUGUGAUGCAAUGAAAAAGAACCUGGAGGUAUGCAAGGACCACUGCGACCAGUUAUUUGAGACUGCCUCAUCAGUGCAAGAGUACCUGGAAGCUGCUGUUGCCCUCACCAAGACUUAAUGUCCUUGACUCGAUGCCUGCCUUGGAUGGUCGAAGGUGUGAUGUAACUGUGCUGUUGCUGUGAUACACAAAUAUACCCAGCCCUAAUGCUACAGUUGUUACUUUUACGCAAAUAUAGCCAACCCAAAUGCUACAGUU